AUGCGUCAUUUACUUCAUUUAUUGUAUGCCACAAUUCAUUUGCUUACCUUUACGGGUUAUCAGAAUGUUUUCGCUCAAAACGAUUGCCGUUCAGAGACUGAAUUUAGAUGUAAAUCUGGUAAAUGUAUUCCACUGUCAUGGCGAUGCGAUCAUGAUGAAGAUUGUCCUGAUGGUGAUGAUGAAUUUGAUUGUAAACGAGUAUCUUGUAAUUUGGUUAAUGAAUUCGAAUGUGGAAGCGAAUCAUCAUUGCCUCUUUACACAUCUAUGAUAAGAGAUCACCCCGCGCGUUGUAUUCCUCGUUCAUGGGUUUGUGAUGGCGAAGCUGAUUGUCGUGAUCGUUCCGAUGAAAAAGGCUGCCAUAAUAUUACUUGUGCUGGGGAUCAAUUUGUUUGCGAAGAAUUUCGUGGUCAUCCAAAAAUGUGUAUUCCACAAUCGUGGAGAUGUGAUGGUCAAAAUGAUUGUGUUGAUUUGUCUGAUGAAAAAGGAUGCAAUCCUGAACAAACGUGUGGCCAUAAUGAAUACCAAUGCGCUAAUCACAUCUGUAUUUUUAAAAGUUGGGUUUGUGAUGGCGAUGAUGAUUGUGGUGAUGGAUCUGAUGAAAAAAAUUGCCCGAAUUCUACUUGUAAUCUGCAAGAAAAAUUCCAGUGUAACACCGGAAAAAUUUGUAUACCACGUUCAUGGCUAUGCGAUGGUGAAGCUGACUGCAAAGAUCAUUCAGAUGAACAGAACUGUACAGAUUCAGCAAUUCAGUCGGCGAAGAAACCCCAUCCAGUUAUUUGUCAUCAUCAAUAUGAAUUUAAAUGUCGUACUGGAGGGCAAUGUAUUAACAAUGCUUGGAAAUGUGAUGGAGAAUUGGAUUGUCCAGACGGCGACCAUAGAGAUUGUGGUCCCACCGAAAAAACUUGUGACCUAGGUAAAUGCUUGCCAGUAUCAAAGUGGUGUGAUGGAAUUGAAGAUUGUAUUGAUGGUGCAGACGAAAAUGAUUGUUCUCUUAAUCCCAUGAGAAAAGAUAACUGUGAUAAAAAUCAAGAAUAUGAUUGUAAAGAAUCGCCUCUUCAUUGCAUUCCAUAUAAGGAUCUUUGUGUUUCAAAUGCAUCCAACAAUGAUUGUGCUAAAUCUGUAUGUUCCAGCAAAAUAGAAUUAUGCAAUUCUACAUUCAGCGAUUAUUGUCAGUGCAGGAAAACGUUGCAGAAUGGUUUAAUUUGUCAUUGUCCAAGCGGUUUUGAAGUAAAAGGCGAUCGCUGUAUUGAUAUCGAUGAAUGUGCACAAGUCGGAAAAUGUCCACAGAAAUGCAUAAAUCUUCCUGGUAGCUAUACUUGUGAAUGCUAUCCUGGAUAUCAUUUAACGAUGGGAAAAGCAACAAGCGAUAUGCCUGAAAAUAUGAAAGUUUGUCGAGCCAAAGGCAGUGAUCCAACUCUUUUGUUAUCGAAUCGUGCUGCUAUUCGUCGAUUGAAUUUAAUUACCAAAACAUACGAACCACUUGUCGUUAAAUUGGAUUCAGCCGUUGCAAUGGAUUUCUUGCAUAGAAAUAACACGUUAAUUUGGUCAGAUGUGUCUCAAGAGAAAAUCAUGAUUUGUCACAUGGGUAAAAAGCUACGGAUUUUAAAUGAUAUUGGUGAAUGUGCGGAGGGUAUGGAUAAUAUUACUUUAGUUGAAAAAGACGUUUCAACACCGGAUGGCUUAGCAGUGGAUUGGGUGCAUCAGUUAUUGUUUUGGACUGAUACAGGCUAUGACCAGAUUAAUGUCGUUGAUCUUGUAAGUCGUCGACGAAAAACGAUUUUUUCGGAAGGCUUGGAUGAGCCUCGUGCUAUUGCAGUUGAUCCAUCAAGGGGCUUGAUUUUUUGGACUGAUUGGGGUGUAAACGCUCGCAUUGAAAGGGCUGGAAUGGAUGGACAAGAUCGUACGGUUAUUGUGUCGGGAGAUACUAUCAAGUGGCCAAAUGGCUUAGCUCUCGAUAUAUUAGAACAUCGAAUUUAUUGGGCAGAUGCUAAAGUCAAGCUUAUAAUGUCUUGCGAUUAUUGGGGAAAUAGUGUUCGACUUGUUCUCAAAUCAAGGGAAUAUCUUAAGCAUCCAUUUUCAUUAACGGUAUUCGAAGAACGUUUAUACUGGACCGAUUGGGACCAUGAAGGUGUUCUUACUGCAAAUAAAUUCACUGGAAAUGAUUUUAGAACGGUUAUGAAUGGAGUAUCUGGCCCAAUGACCGUGCGAGUUUACCACGAAAUGGCCCAGCCAGAACAUCCAAACAAAUGUUUCGAUCAUAACUGUGAACAUAUUUGCUUGCCUAGAGCUCACCUUGCACCGCAGAAGAAUGCUGAAUUCACAUUGAAAGGUCGUCCGUACACCUGCGCUUGUAUGAAUGGUUUUGUUGUGAAUUUGAAUAAUCAUAACUACUGUGUGCUGCAGAAUGCAACAGCUGCAGUUGCUUCUUUUGGAUGCAUUUCCUUCUUUUUUUUAAAGGCAUAUCUAUGGUACCGAAGACGCUCAAACACUUUCGCCGUAUUGCAUGUUGAUAAUCCAGUAUAUAGACGUACAGUGGAAGAAAUGGAUGCUGAUAUGGAUCCUUUCGCUGAAGGAACGGAUACACAAAAUGGUUCGCGCAGUGUUAAACUUGUCAUGGACAAGCAACAAACUGAAUACAAUCCACCUAUCGUAAAUCCUUCCAUCGUGACUACAGGCUCUUCAAUACAUCAUAUUUCAGUUUAUAUGUCAUAG